AUGGCGAGUCCCGACGGACGUGUUUCGGCUUUUGCAAUGUACUCGAAGAAGCGCAAGAGUACAGAAGAAAAUCUUCCGAAGUUAAAAAAAAAGCCUGAAUUUAAAAAUAUCAAUGGCAAGUCUUUUGACAUAGACGAUCCAAAAGUAAAAUUAAUCCAAGGUAAAAAACUGGUAAAAGUGUCUGAAAAGUCACUGAAACAAGUGACCGCUUUGUCAAAAAAAGUAAAAACCAAAAAGUUGUUGGUGAAAGGAAUAAAAAAAUUACAAAAAGACAAACAAAGUUCAAUAAAACUCCCGAAAAGCGUGCCAGUAGUAGAAAUUCCCCCAGAAGAAUCCAACAAAAAUUUUAUAGACCCGACAAAAGAGACCCAGACAUUAUUCGAGUGGCUGAUUCACCCUCUGUCAAUCGACAAGUUCUUCAAAAUAAACUGGGAAAAAGCCCCGCUUCAAAUCCAGAGAAACAAGAAGAAUUACUACAAGAUUUUAUUAUCAACUCCGAUGAUCGACGACGUGCUGCGUAAAUUUAACGUCUUGUUCACCAAAAACUUAGACAUUACCUCGUACUCUGACGGCCAGAGAGAGACUCAUAAUCCUCCAGGACGCGCUUUGCCCAGCGUGGUCUGGGAUUACUACUCCAACGGGUGCUCCAUCAGAAUGCUGAACCCUCAGACGUUCAUUCCAAAGAUUCACACGUUAAAUUCAACACUGCAGGAAUUUUUCGGGUGUUUUGUCGGGGCUAAUUUUUACUUAACUCCCCCAGGAAGUCAAGGAUUCGCUCCACACUACGACGACAUCGAGGCGUUCAUCCUCCAGGUGGAGGGAAAGAAGCGCUGGCGGCUGUACAAGCCGAGGAACGAAGAAGAAUUUUUACCGAGAUUAUCCUCGGAGAAUUUUAACCAAGAAGAAAUCGGCGAGCCGAUUUUAGAUGUGAUACUGAAUGCCGGAGACAUUCUAUACUUUCCUAGAGGCACUAUUCACCAGGGAGAGACCCUGGAAGAGAGCCACAGUCUGCACUUGACGUUGAGUGUCUACCAGAAGAACUGCUGGGCGGAUUUCUUGGAGAAGUUGGUCCCAGCUGCUCUGAGCAGCGCGAUCUCUCAAAAUUCGCAGCUGAGGGAAGGAUUGCCGCUGGGCUACUUGAAUAAUAUUGGGCUGGUGCACAAGGUGAACGGCAGCAAGUCUAAGGACAAUGAGUUCCGCAGGAAAUUCGUUGAGACGACCAAAGAAUUGCUGCACAAGGUGAUUGACAUGAUUGACGUUGAUGCUGCUGCGGACCAAAUGGCCAAGGGACAUAUUUAUGACUGCUUGCCUCCCGUUUUGACUCCCACGGAGUUGGAGUGCUCGGCUUUGAGAGAUGGUGAGGUCAUGGUCGAGGAUGGUAGGAUAGAAAACAGGGUCGAGAUUGAACCUGAUACGAGGAUCAGGUUGACCAGGGCUCACUGUGCUAGGCUUGUUGAAGAAGACAAUUGUUUUAAGCUUUAUUACUCGUCGGAAAAUUCUAAAGAGUAUCAUGAGUACGAGCAACAGUUUUUGGAAGUUGGAGAAAAUUUAGUUCCGGCUAUUAAAAAAAUUAUUCUGAUGUAUCCUGAGUUUAUUAAGGUGGAUGAUUUGCCUAUCGAUGGAGAAGAUAACAAGUUUAAUUUUAUUGCGGACAAAUAA